AUGACUUGUUGCCACGACGUGGUCGACGUUACGACGUGUCGUACCCUGCAGCCGGCUCGACCAGGUGUGGGCGGCCAUACCCAAAGGUGUGGGCGGCCAUACCCAAGGUGUGGUCGGCCAUACCCCAAGGUGUGGGCGGCCAUACCCAAGGUGUGGGCGGCCAUAACCAAGGUGUGGGCGGCCAUACCCAAGGUGUGGGCGGCCAUACCCAAGGUGUGGUCGGCCAUACCCAAGGUGUGGGCGGCCAUACCCCAAGGUGUGGGCGGCCAUAACCAAGGUGUGGGCGGCCAUACCCAAGUCGUGUUCUCCAGUCCUGGUCAGUCCCCAGUUGUGUUCUCCAAUCCUGGUCAGUCCCCAGUUGUGUUCUCCAGUCCUGGUCAGUCCCCAGUCGUGUUCUCCAGUCCUGGUCAGUCCCCAGUCGUGUUCCCCAGUCCUGGUCAGUCCCCAGUCGUGUUCCCCAGUCCUGGUCAGUCCCCAGUCGUGUUCCCCAGUCCUGGUCAGUCCCCAGUCGUGUUCCCCAGUCCUGGUCAGUCCCCAGUUGUGUUCUCCAGUCCUGGUCAGUCCCCAGUCGUGUUCUCCAGUCCUGGUCAGUCCCCAGUCGUGUUCUCCAGUCCUGGUCAGUCCCCAGUCGUGUUCCCCAGUCCUGGUCAGUCCCCAGUCGUGUUCCCCAGUCCUGGUCAGUCCCCAGUCGUGUUCCCCAGUCCUGGUCAGUCCCCAGUCGUGUUCCCCAGUCCUGGUCAGUCCCCAGUCGUGUUCUCCAGUCCUGGUCAGUCCCCAGUCGUGUUCUCCAGUCCUGGUCAGUCCCCAGUCGUGUUCUCCAGUCCUGGUCAGCCCCCAGUUGUGUUCUCCAGCCCUGGUCAGUCCCCAGUUGUGUUCUCCAGUCCUGGUCAGUCCCCAGUUGUGUUCUCCAGUCCUGGUCAGUCCCCAGGCGUGUUCUCCAGUCCUGGUCAGCCCCCAGUUGUGUUCUCCAGUCCUGGUCAGUCCCCAGUUGUGUUCUCCAGUCCUGGUCAGUCCCCAGUUGUGUUCUCCAGUCCUGGUCAGUCCCCAGUUGUGUUCUCCAGUCCUGGUCAGUCCCCAGUCAUGUUCUCCAGUCCUGGUCAGCCCCCAGUUGUGUUCUCCAGUCCUGGUCAGCCCCCAGUCGUGUUCUCCAGUCCUGGUCAGUCCCCAGUUGUGUUCUCCAGUCCUGGUCAGCCCCCAGUUGUGUUCUCCAGUCCUGGUCAGUCCCCAGUUGUGUUCUCCAGUCCUGGUCAGCCCCCAGUUGUGUUCUCCAGUCCUGGUCAGUCCCCAGUUGUGUUCUCCAGUCCUGGUCAGUCCCCAGUUGUGUUCUGCAGUCCUGGUCAGUCCCCAGUCGUGUUCUCCAGUCCUGGUCAGCCCCCAGUUGUGUUCUCCAGUCCUGGUCAGCCCCCAGUUGUGUUCUCCAGUCCUGGUCAGCCCCCAGGUGUGUUCUCCAGUCCUGGUCAGCCCUCAGCCCUGGCCAGCCCUCAGCCCUGGCCAGCCCUCAGCCCUGGCCAGCCCUCAGCCCUGGCCAGCCCUCAGCCCUGGCCAGCCCUCAGCCCUGGCCAGCCCUCAGCCCUGGCCAGCCCUCAGCCCUGGCCAGCCCUCAGCCCCACAACACAAGAUGGAGGCCUGCACCAGCCAUGUGAGUCAAGGGGGCUACACAUAAGGCGUGCUCUCACCCGCCGCCCAUUACUAGCGUGGCCAGGAUGGACUCUUUUUGUUGUUGGUGUUGGCCUCCAGCAUGAUGUAAACACGUCAUGGUUAUCCCAGGAACAAGUUAUGGUAAAGUGA